AUUGGCAGUUCUAAAAAUCGCGUCGUGCAUGGUGGUUGAUUUUAAGCAGUUUCGUUCUUUAAAUGUACAAAAUAUAUUUAAAAUAAGGAAAAACGUAAAUUCAUCAUGCAAUUUGUUUAACUAUUUAUAAGUAUCUUUCACAUAUGAGAUGUUUUUGAUAAAACAACGAAUGAUUCUAUACAUACGCAUGUAGUUACAGAAGAGUUAAAAUCACAAGUGUAUAUCAUAGCAACCAUUAUUGAAAUAAUCACGUACCUAGUAACGAUUUACAUAUAAUGUGAUAUAAGAGCUGGACAAUAUCUUUUUUGUCUAGACGCCUAAUAAGUAACGUGGAAUAUUAUGUUUUUGUAAUCUGAAUUGUUUUCUUGUGAAACUAUUUGUAUUUGUGUUAUUUAACUAAAGAAUAAAAUGCGAGGAAAAGGUAAAAAGAAAAUAGCCAAAAAUAAUGGCAAGAAUGGGAAGAAAACUAGUAAAAAUGGUAAAAAUGGCAAGAAUAACAAUGGUAAUAAAAGUAAGGGAUCAAAGAGAUCAAAAAAGAGCGGAGGAAGAGCAAAAUUUACUAUGGAUAUCUUCAAUGAAGAGGUCAUGGAAAAUGCUUAUUAUACCUGUCAUAAUAUCAUGGAUGUAUUGAAGUGCAGAGGAUUUCCCUGGCCUGAAGCUCAGAAGAAGAAAAAGAAGAAGAAGGGAAAAAAGUGAAUAAUAACCUAAAACGAUCAAAUUUUUGUAACA